AUGUUGGACACUAGUGUGAGAUAUCUGUGCUAUAAACCUCCUCAGAAGGAAUCUUCUAUGACUGAUGUUUGUGCAGAUGCAGAUAAGUUCUUUGAUUUUGGGGAUGAUAAUGAUGAUGAUGACAUUGUCAUUGAUGAAAGUGAACACAUCCACCCCAUGGACAUUUACAUGUCAGUUUUUCACUGUUCUGAUGAUUUAGCACGACAGUGCAUUUUUACCAAACUCUCCACAUGCCAGUUCGCUGUACCUCUACUUGUGCCAGAUCCAUGCACAGGGGAGAUAGAAAUUCCUGUGUGGCCACUUCAACAGAUCAAAAAGACACUGAAAUUUAAGUGGGAGUCUGAUACAGGAAGCAGUGAGACAUAUAUGAAUAGUUUCAUAUGCAGUGCACAAGUACCAACUGUGUCCUUCAUAAGACUAGGAACAUCCUCAAAUUCAAAGUCUCAAAUCAUGAAUAACAUCAUCAGUCGGAAGAGGCAUCCAACAUUUUUCAGCCGACACUGCAGUGGCAGUACAAGUAACAGACUUCUGCUGGAGGGGGUGGCAGAGAUUUCCUGGUACUGUCCAGGUGGAAGGGAGGAUGAUAUUUUUGAAGACUGUAUUGCGUUCAUCAACCUACAUGGAGAUGGAAACAAAUACGCCAGGCAUCUAAAAUUCAUUCAAGACAUCAGCUCUGUUAUUGUUCUUCUACUCCCAGAAAACCUAGAGCCUGAGACAAAAAAGACAGCAGAGAGUUUACUGAAGUCUUCUGUUCCUGUGAUUCCAUUGUUCUCUGGAGUGGAGAAAAAGUCUGUCAAGAAAGGGGAUUCAAGAAUUGCUGCAAAGAACAGAAAUGAGGCUGAACUCUCAGAGGAAAUUAUCAACAGAGUGAAACAGUGUCUCUCAGAACAGAGGAAAAUAUUGAGUUUGGAUGAUCUCAUAUGCAGAGCUACAGAUCAUAAGUUCACUGCAGGCAGAAGCAACAGUAGAGCGGGGAGAGCCAAUGCUGAGAAGCUUAUGGACAUAGUAAUGGGCAAAGAUCAAAAAAACAAUGAAGAGUUAUUGAAACUGAAAGGGAAGUUUUUGCCUUUGCAAGGUGAACAAUGGAGAAACUGGUGCACAAAAGAUAAACAGUUCUACCGCUUACAGAGCAAAGUUGAUGUGAGUAUUGAACAACAAAGGGCUGAAAUAGAGGCAGAGAAAGAGAGUUUGCGGAAGGAACAACAGAAAACAGCAUCUUCCCCAAAUCCUUUCAUGGAGCAUUUCUUGAAAUGUAUGGUUGAGGGAGAGGAAACUGAAAGGUUGUAUUUCUUACAUUCCUUCGGAAAAAGACUUGAAGGAGCUUUCUCUGGUGUACUAGCUGAUCUACAACGACAAUACCAUAGGGAGUGGUCUAAAAACAGACAAAAUAGUGGUGAUGCUGAUGAUGUCCUUGAUAGUAUAUCCAAAAAAAUAGAAUGUGCCACAUUUGGGUUCCAACAUAUUAUUCGUGAAACUGGUCAGUUAUAUGAAGUUUUCCAAAGUUGUGAAAGAGCUGAGUUCGUCCAUGGCAUCGAUACUGAUCGCCUUCCUGAAAUAGGAGCUCGGUUGAUGUUGUCUGGAGUUCCCUUGGAGGUAAUGGAUGGAGAUGUCAGCCAUGUUCCUUUAGAUUGGGUCACAGCCGUGCUGAAAAAACUCACUGAAGAACUGGGAGACAAAAGAGUAUUAGUGCUCUCUGUACUUGGACUCCAGAGUUCAGGCAAGUCCACAUUACUGAACACCAUGUUUGGUCUUCAGUUUGCUGUCAGUUCAGGGAGAUGUACAAGAGGUGUAUUUAUGCAGUUACUCCCAGUUGAAGAAUGUCUGAGGUGUCAGUUGUCAUUUGAUUUCAUCCUGGUGAUGGACACAGAGGGACUACGAUCAAUUGAAGCCACAUCUGACCUUGUGUUUAAUCGUGAUAAUGAAUUAGCCACCUUCAUUGUUGGAAUCAGUGACAUAACACUCAUCAACAUCAUGGGAGAAAACCUGUAUGAAAUUCAGAACAUUCUCCAGAUUUGUUUCCAGGCUUUUUUGCGCAUGAAAUCUAUAAAUAUUAAGCCAAGUUGCAUUUUUGUGCACCAAAAUGUUUCAGAGACAACUGCAAAGCACAACAACCAAGAAGGGAGGAGACAAUUUAUUGAAAAACUUGAUGAGAUUUCCAAAUUGGCAGCAGAGGAGGAGAAUCAGGAAGUUGAUGGCUUCAAUGACAUCAUACAGUUUGAUCCGGAUAGUCAGAUGUUUUACUUUAAGAAUCUGUUGGAGGGAGACCCUCCAAUGGCUCCACCCAACCCCUCCUACAGUCAGAAUGUUCAGGAACUGAAGACCAAGUUGCUGAGUGUGGCAAAAUGGCAGACCAACUGCAAGCUGCUCGCACUAUCAGAAUUUACACAAAGAUUUACUGAUUUAUGGACAGCAUUACUCCACGAGAAUUUUAUUUUCAACUUCCGCAAUUCAUUGGACGUAAGCAUUUACAACAAACUAGAACAUCACUACGAGCAGUGGUCAUGGAGAUUGAGAAAGCAUGCACUAGAAACACAGAACUCUUUGUGCUACAGAGUCAACAGUAAGGAUGUAAAACUUGUAGAUGCUACAGAGAUUGAGAAGAGCUUUGGGACUGUCUUUCAACAGGUCAAACAUGAUGUAGAGAAGUACUUCAAGGAGCAGAAACAUUCUGACAUUCUGAGUCAGUGGAGAGGAAGCACUGACCAAAGACUGGAGAAUCUGAAGCGAGAGCUCAUUGAGGAAACGCGUUUGAAAGGAAGGGCAGUAUUGAGUAACAUCAAGUUCAAACAGGAACUAGAGAGAAAGAAAACUCAGUAUGAGGCAGAUCUAUCUCAGAGAAGUAAGGCUUUGGCUUCAAAACUGAAGGACAGGAAAGUUAGUGAUGAACUGCAAAGGGAUGAGUUCAACAACCUGUGGAGUGAAUGGAAAACUGAAGUGUCCAAAGAAAAACCCAAAGAUGAGGAUGUUAACAUUCAGGCAAUGAUUGACAACACCCUUCUGGCUCACUUCCAAAAAUACAGAGAGACUGUGAUCACACAUAGACAGAUUAUCAAAUUCGAUGUCGCCAAACAUGUUAGACCAUCAUCUAUGAGAAGAAUUCUCAAACAAGCUCUUGGCAAGGAUGUUAAACAGACUGUGGAGUCAGAAAGAAGUGCAAUCUUACCUAGGGUUGGUGGAUUUAUUAUCAAAACUGCAAAAGCAAUUCUUCCCAAGAAUCAGGCAGAUGCAUUAGAGGCAGAAGGGAAUGAAAUCAUUAGGAAGACAGAGGAGGACAUCCAUGAAUUCAUUCAUUUUAAAAAUAUAAAUAAGUUUGGGGUCACACAAAAUUUAAUGUAUGAGCUCCUGCAUGAAAUUCAAAGAAUUCUUGAGGAAUGUGAAAAGACAUCUACAUUUGAGUUUACGGAAAUUUGCAAAGUUGAAAUUUCUGUUCAUGUUUGUAAUGGGAUGGUUCACAGAUUAACAAAAUUGAAUAAAGAGUUCCAGGCGGUCAAUGACCCCCUUACAUACUUUGACAGUCAAAAAGAAGAUUACUACCAAAUAUUCAAACACUAUUGUGAAGGAGCAACGACACUUACACUUUUUGUCUACUUCCUUACUACUCAUCUUAAGUCAUCUAUACGAGAGGCGGUUUUUGACAAACUCAGCAUUCACAUAGUGGAAGAUAUGAAAUCCAACCAUCCAGCAUUUGUGGGAACCAGGUCCCACUUGGAGAACCACAUCUUAACUUUCCUAGCUAAGAAGGAGGAUUUUGACAUGUACAUGGAGUAUAUUCAUACACCAAAACAGUUUUUUGCAAAGUUCAUCAGUGAUUGUGUUCAAGAUUACUUCAGUGACGCAGAAGAGAAGUUGCUGAAAAUGCUCAUUUCAAAUUGGUCUGAAGUGACAGACAAAUUGUUAACUGUUACUCGUUGUACAUCUUUCAAAAUGAAAGAGAUACAUGGCAAUGUGUCUGUGUGGCUGGAUGAAAUCUGUUCAGAACUUGGCAGUCUCAUUCCUAUAUCAAGAGAGGAUUUUAGGAACAUUGAAAAAGAAGACAUUGAGGACUGGGAUGUUUUUCAUGACCUGCUGGCCCAGUCACUUAAGGAAAUUUUGAAAGACGGAAAGAAGGACAUUAAAAAACUUUGUGGUUCUGGACCUUUACUAUUCAAGUUCAAAGACAGGCCAGAUGACAUUUUAAUCAAACAGAUGAGUGGAUGCUGGGAGCAGUGUCCAUUCUGCAAGGCUGUUUGCACCAACACCAUCCCUAACCAUGACUCUGAUCACAGCACAGAGUGGCAUCGGUGUCAGGCUGUGGUUGAGAAACAUAUCUCUAUUCUCAACGGUCUCGACGGACGCAACUUCUGUGGAAGCGAGGACGUCUUGCAAUUUCAUGAAGUCACAUGA